GGAAAGAAGAGAAGUCCCACGACAUUUGGGCACGAACUAACCUUGACUGCUCCGGUGGAUCUGGCCCUGCUCGGCAGCUGGCCAAGGACUUUCCGCCGGAGGUCCUUGAGCUUUUCUGGUCACCGGCGGCGCAGGGGCAGGGGCGGUGGAAGGAGGCGCUAGGGGAUGGGGUUAGGGAGAAGGAGGAGGACAGGGUUAGAUCUGGUGGGGCGAACCGUGAGGGGAGAGCGGUGGGGGCAGGAGUUGGUGGGUCUGCCGGGGCACGAACGCACGCACGGCAACAGAAAGGAGAGAACCUUCGCGAGCUAUCGCGCCGCCCGCCUCCCGUCCGGCUCCCCUCCCCCGCCGUCGCCGUCGCCGCCGCGCUCGUCCUGGCGAGAUUCCGCACGAGCCCAACUGCCAGCCACUCGCUGUCCUGCACUAUCCCGCACUAUCCCGUUCCACUACAAGUUCGCCUGCCGUCUCUUCUUGCACAGCUGAGCCACUCGCAUCCUCGGGCUCAGAUCUCUCAUCCAAGAGUCCCCCCGGCGGCGCCCCUCCUCCGCCCCCGGACCGUCAUCCCGCAGGUUUGAGAUCGGUGCAUUGCUUGGUUGACCCCUACUUGUGGAAAUGCUUGAUUCACUUAUUAGCCAUGACCCAAAGGUGUUGACUGAGAAGAAGCCUGAUGAGAUAAUUGCGAGUGGUGUUGUUGAAAGUCUGCAGAAUUUUCUGCGCAAGUGCAUCAUAGCUGUCCUCUCAUAUGGCCCAAUGCCUAAGCACAUCGCGUUUAUCAUGGACGGGAACCGCAGAUACGCCAAGUCCAGAAGUAUCAAGCAAGGCACCGGUCACAGCGUGGGCUUCGCUGCUCUAAUGGCAAGUCUUAUCUACUGUUACGAGAUGGGUGUCAAGUACAUCACGGUGUAUGCAUUCAGCAUCGACAAUUUCAAACGCGACCCUAGUGAAGUCAAGACCUUGAUGGAAUUAAUGGAGGAAAAGAUCAACGAGCUGUUGGAAAACAAGAACGUCAUCAACAAGGUUAACUGCAAGAUCAACUUCUGGGGGAACCUGGACAUGCUUCCUGAACCAGUGCGGCUGGCGGCCCAAAAGCUGAUGGCGAGCACCGCCGAGAACACAGGACUGGUGAUCCGGACCUCGGGCGAGACCCGGCUGAGCAACUUCCUCCUGUGGCAGACGACGUUUAGCCAUCUGCAGAACCCAGACCCCCUCUGGCCUGAGUUCUCCUGGAGGCACCUCGUCUGGGCGAUACUGCAGUACCAGAGAGCCUACCCGUACAUUGAGCAGAACAAAGAUCUGGCUAAGAAGCAGCUGUGAGUGAGGGAUCUCAUCUCCUUCGGAAGGAGAUAUAUGCAGAUGUUAAUCAAGAAGAUACAAUAAUAACAGAACAGGCCUGGCAUUGAAGCGUCAGUCUGUGAAUAAGGGAUCUGAUCUCCUUUGGGAGGGGAUAAGCAGAUGCCAUGAAAAAGAUAGUACAGCAACCUGUUGAAAGUUGGCCUAAUAUUUUUCGUGUAUGAGAAGAGUGUAAUUAUGGAAACCAUGUGUAUUAUGAUGUACUAGUACAAUUCUUCGUUUUUGCUGUUGUGUUAAACGUCAGCAAUAUCUUGCCACCUAGGCUGAACACGGGAGCCAAGUCGAGAAAAUUGUAAAGCUUUUAAUGGUACCUGCCAUGGUGCCAAGCUUA